AUGCUGGGCUCCGUCGGGCUGCGUUUCGCCUGCACGCGCGCCGCACCUGCGUGGCGCCCUGCCCUGCCACUGGCGCGUCCAGUCCUUUGCCUCCUAUCGACACGCACGCUUUCCAUGCACACCAGCCUGCCCCCUCGUAGCGCGACACAGCGCGGCAUCUCGUCGAGCGCAGUGCAUCUGCUGGGCACGAGCAGGGCGUCAACACUGGGUCGAAGCGUGAACCUGCGAGGAUUUGCAUCAACAUCCUCCCGCAACGAUUCGGCCUCACCCCCACCAUCGCCACCGUCGGGCACAAACCAAGACAAAGCGAAGCCGGCGCUGUCCGAGGAUCUCUUGACGCUGCCCAACGUGCUGACCAUGUUGCGGCUGGCGCUGACGCCGUACAUAGGGUAUCUUGUUGCGACGCACCAGUUUGCGCCCGCAUGUGUGCUGCUCUUCGUCGCGUCGAUCACGGAUGUGCUCGACGGCUGGCUCGCACGGCGCACGGGCAAGUACACGGUGUUUGGCAGCAUUGCCGAUCCGGCGGCGGACAAGGCGCUGGUGACCACGAUGGUCGUAUCGCUCGCACUCUCCGGUAUGCUGCCCUGGCCCAUCGCCACGGUGAUCCUGGGAAGAGAUGUGGCGCUGGUGGCAUCAGCGUUUGUCAUUCGAUACCGCACCCUGCAGCCGCCCAAGACGCUGCAGCGCUACUUUAACCCGCGUCUGCCGUCGGCGAGCGUGACGCCGACGCAGAUCAGCAAGUACAACACCUUCCUCCAGCUGCUCCUGCUCGGCAUCCUUACAAUGUACCCGCUGCUGUACCCCAACUCACCACCCCCGCCGCUAGUGCCAACAAAACAGGAGGACGACUCGACCAAGCGGCUCGUCGACCGCGCAGUGGCAGCGCUCAUGUGGAUCACAGCUGCCACCACCGUCUGGUCGGGCCUGGGAUACAUCGGUGGCGCAGGCGCCCGCAAGGUGCUAGCCCAACGUGCACCGAGCCUGCUCGCGCGCAACAAGCCUCCUCCCAAACCGUAA